UCAACCCUUCUACAAUAUGCCUUGCUGAUAUCUAGUCUUGGGAAGCCUGUGCGGAUCAAGUACAUACCCUUGCUAGCCCUCAUCGUAGCUCGUCGGCGGUCCGCAGCAAACAGGCCAAGCAAGCCGCCAGGCCAGAACUGGCCCCGGGCCUUCGAGAAAUGUCAUCCAGAACUCAAGGCAAGGAAAUCCUAGGCGAUUGGCUAGAAACGUCACGAGAAUAACAUAUA